CCGUUACCGGUGCCGGUAUCGCUGCCGGUGCCGCCGCCAUGGGGCUCUGGGCGCUGGCGCUGCUGCUGGGCGCUCUCCGCACCGGCGGAGCCCCGGCCCCGGCCCGCAACGUGCUGCUCUUCCUGGCAGACGACGGUGGCUUUGAGAGCGGCGCCUACAACAACUCGGCCAUCCGGACACCCAACCUGGACGCUCUGGCCCGGCGCAGCGUGAUCUUCCAAAACGCCUUCACCUCCGUCAGCAGCUGCUCCCCCAGCAGGGCCAGCAUCCUCACCGGCCUCCCCCAGCACCAGAACGGGAUGUACGGGCUGCACCAGGACGUCCAUCACUUCAACUCCUUCGACAGCGUGCGGAGCCUGCCCCGGCUGCUCAGCCACGCGCGCGUCCGGACAGGGAUAAUUGGGAAGAAGCACGUUGGGCCCGAGGCCGUCUACCCCUUCGACUUCGCCUACACGGAGGAGAACAGUUCGGUCCUGCAGGUGGGGAGGAACAUCACGAGGAUCAAAGCGCUGGUCCGGCAGUUCCUGCGGAGCCAGGACGAGAGGCCUUUCUUCCUCUACGUCGCCUUCCACGACCCCCAUCGCUGCGGGCACUCCCAGCCCCAAUACGGGGCCUUUUGUGAGAAAUUUGGCAACGGAGAAAGCGGCAUGGGCUGGAUCCCUGACUGGAAGCCACAGCUCUACCGCCCAGAGCAAGUGCAGGUCCCUCACUUUGUCCCGGACACACCAGCUGCCCGGGCGGACCUGGCAGCCCAGUACACAACCAUCGGGCGCAUGGAUCAAGGGAUCGGGCUGGUGCUGGAGGAGCUGCGCCGGGCCGGCUUCCACAACAGCACGCUGGUCAUCUACACCUCCGACAACGGCAUCCCCUUCCCCAGCGGCAGGACCAACCUCUACCGGUCGGGCACGGCCGAGCCCCUGCUGAUCUCCUCCCCGGAGCACACCGGGCGCUGGGGACAGGUCAGCCAGGCCUUCGCCUCCCUCUUGGAUCUGACGCCGACCAUUCUGGACUGGUUCUCCAUCCCCUACCCAUCCUACAGCAUCUUUGGCACGAAGCGGGUGCAGCUCAGCGGGAAGUCUCUCCUGCCAGCGCUGGAGUCAGAGCAGCCCUGGGCCACCACCUUCAGCAGCCAGAGCCACCACGAGGCGACCAUGUACUACCCCAUGCGAGCCAUCCAGCACCAGCAGUUCCGCCUCAUUCACAACCUCAACUACAAGAUGCCCUUCCCCAUUGACCAGGACUUCUACGUCUCCCCCACCUUCCAAGACCUGCUCAACCGCAGCCAGGCCGGGCAACCGACCCACUGGAACAAGACCCUGCACCAGUACUACUACAGGGAUCGCUGGGAGCUCUUCGACUGCAGCCGUGACCCCACCGAGAGCCAGAACCUGGCCCCCGACCCCCGCUACGCCCCCAUCUUCCAGCAGCUUCGUGCACAGCUCCUGAAGUGGCAGUGGGACACCAGUGACCCCUGGGUGUGUGCCCCCGACGCUGUCCUGGAGGAGAAACUCAGCCCCCAGUGCCGGCCGCUGCACAACGAGCUGUGAGUGUCACCUCUGCCACGGGUCACCACGGCCACGGGACAGCCCCAAACCCUGGGGUGACACCCCGGGACUCUGCUCUCUGUAUCGCAACCACCAGAGCAUUCAGGGAUCCUCGUGCCUUUGCUCUUGGCCCCAGGAGCUGUAGGGACAAGUUGCUCCUCAAUAAAGCUCCUGGAGGAGA